CCCGAGUUACCAAUUAACUGGCUCCACUGGUUUUCCUUUAAAUAACGCGGACGUACGUGGGGUGUGAGGGGGACCGUGAGGGAGCGAGUGGCAGGCAUGGCGUGCGCCCUGGGCCCAGACCCACGCAGGGCCGGCGGCGGGCACGAGAGGCCCAGCUGGGACAACAGGCUGCAGUACCUCCUGAGUUGCAUCGGCUUUGCCGUGGGCCUGGGCAACAUCUGGAGGUUCCCGUACCUGUGCCAGACGUACGGGGGAGGGGCCUUCCUCAUCCCCUACCUCAUCGCCCUGGUCCUCGAGGGAAUCCCACUCUUCCACAUCGAGCUGGCCAUCGGCCAGCACCUGCGGACAGGCAGCGUCGGGGUGUGGAAGGCCGUGUCGCCCUACCUGGGCGGAGUGGGGCUGGGCUGCCUCACCGUGUCCUUUCUGGUCAGCCUGUACUACAACAUCGUCCUGACGUGGGUGCUGUGGUAUUUCCUCAACUCCUUCCAGAACCCGCUCCCCUGGGGCUCGUGCCCGCUGGACCUCAACCGCACAGGGUUCGAGGCAGAGUGCCAGGCCAGCAGCCCCGUGAGCUACUUCUGGUACCGGCGGACGCUGAACAUCACGGCCGACAUCAGCGACAGCGGCUCCAUCCAGUGGCGGCUGCUGGCCUGCUUGGCCGCGUCCUGGGCCGUCGUGUACCUGUGUGUCAUCAGGGGCAUCGAAUCCACGGGGAAGGCAAUUUAUUUCACAGCCCUGUUCCCUUACCUGGUCCUGACAAUCUUCCUUAUCAGAGGACUCAGCCUGCCUGGGGCGGUCAAAGGGUUAACGUACCUGUUCACGCCAGAUAUGCGGAUUCUCCAGAGCCCCCGCGUGUGGCUGGAUGCAGCCACACAGAUAUUCUUUUCCCUGUCCCUGGCCUUCGGAGGACACAUCGCUUUUGCGAGUUACAACCCGCACAGGAACAACUGUGAGAAGGACGCAGUGAUCAUCUCCCUGGUCAACAGCCUGACCUCCCUCUACGCGUCCAUUGCUAUGUUUUCUGUUCUGGGAUUCAAGGCGGCCAAUGACCAUGGGCGUUGCCUGGACAGAAACAUCCUCCGGCUCAUCAACGCGUUCGAGCUCCCGGACCAGAGCGUCAACAGGGACGACUAUGCUGCCGUCCUCUCGCACCUGAACGCCACCCAGCCCGAGACGGUGGCCCGGCUCUGCCUGGAGACCUGCCGCCUGGAAGACUUUCUGGACAAGAGCGCCUCCGGCACGGGGCUGGCCUUCAUCAUCUUCACGGAAGCCAUCCUCCACAUGCCGGGGGCCCCCGGCUGGGCCGUGCUCUUCUUUGGGAUGCUGUUCACCUUGGGCCUGUCGUCCAUGUUCGGGAACAUGGAGAGCAUCAUUACGCCACUCCUGGAUAUGGGGGUCACGCACAGAUUCAUCCCCAAGGAGGUCCUGACUGGGCUGGCCUGCCUGGUCUGCUUCCUCUCGGCGAUCUGCUUCACGCUGCAGUCGGGAAACUACUGGCUGGAGAUUUUCGACAACUACGCUGCGCCUCUGAACCUCAUGGUCUUUGCGUUCUUUGAAGUGGUCGGGGUGGCUUACGUUUAUGGGGUGCAGCGGUUCAGCGAUGACGUAGAGAGCAUGACUGGGAGGCGGCCCGGCCUCUACUGGCAGGUGACCUGGAAGGUUGUCAGCCCGCUGCUACUGCUCACCAUCUUUGUGGCCUACGUUGCCACCCUGGCCCGGACGCCGCUCAGCUACAAGGCCUGGGACACCCAAUACGUGCGGUUCCCGUCGCGGCAGGAGAAGUCCUACCCGGGCUGGGUGCAGGCCGCCUGUGUCCUCCUGUGCUUCCUGCCUAUACUGUGGGUCCCGGCCGUGGCACUGGCCCAGCUGCUCGCUGCACACAGACGGAAGAAGGACACCGGGCGGGACAGGUGCCCGAAGCUGUAGGGUGGAGGGGCCUGCUGAGGGCUGGGCAGGGGGUGGCGGGGGGGGGCCAGCCCGUGUGCCACGUGCUCACAUUACACCUGCCCCCAUCCUGAGGCCUGUGGUUGCUGCUUCCCAACACCGUCGCGCUCCCCAGACCCUGCUCUGGGUACAGCCUGCCUCCAUCCCCAUGGUCCACACUGUCCUCCAAAUGGGAGAGAGCCUGGUGUCCAGCUCCUGGGGCCCUGCCGCCUGGGUGGCCAGAUGCUGAGCCCAGCAAGGGCAUCCACGGGCAGAAGGACGGGCGGGGGGGGGGGUGUGGUUGCUGUGAAGACAUCUCAGGGCCUGUGCAGCCGAGGGCCUGGCACCGUAAGAGUUGAGGGAGCCUGAAGGGUGACCUCCAAGGAAAAGUGGAGGCUGUCCCCAUGGUGAGCUUGAAGCGAAGCCUUCGCCCACAGAAGCCCCUUUCUGUGCCUGGAGCACUUGGGUUGUGCGUGGGCAGAGUCUGCUAUGACCGACGUGCGGGGAGCCCUUGCAGAGCGAUGGCCCAGCCACUCCCAUCCCAGGAUGGGUCCUCCCUGCGUGAGCACAGGCAAGGGCUGGGGUCUGGCUGGAGCCACAGCCAGCGCCAGUGAGUGCUGGCCGCUCUCCCGACCUUCUUUCUGAGAAACACUACCCUUUGUCCUUUAAACACUUUCUCAGAGACUCGAAUAUGUGUUAAGAAGGAACAGAAACAGGUUCCUACUGUUUCCAGAGGAGAGUGGCACCACUCACUGCACACCACGCCUCCUGCAGCCUCCGUGCAGGGGCACCUCCUCAUUUCUCAGCUCCAGCAUGCUCACCACCUCCACCGGCCCUCCCAUGCACCCCUUCCUCCAACCCCUUCCUUCCAUCCAUCUAUCCAUUUCCUCCCUCCCUCCCCCAUCUCUGUCCUUCCAUUCUUAUUUUUUUUAAUAUUUAUUUGUUUAUUUUUGAGAGAAAGAGAGUGAGAGCAGGGGAGGGGCAGAGAGGGAGGGAGAGAGAGAAUCCCAAGCAGGCUCCUCGCUCAGCAUGGACCCCAACACAGAGUUGGAGGAAGGGGUGCACAGGAGGGCACAGGACCCUGGGAUUAAGACCUGAGCUGAGAUCAAAAAUCAGAUGUCUAGCCAACUGAGCCACCCAGGUCCUUCCUCCCUCCAUUCUUCUAUCCAAUUCCUCCCUCGCUCCCUCCAUCCAUUUCCUUCCUCUCCUCCUCCUCCCCUCUCUCUCUCCUCUGACAACACUGUGAACCAGGCAUCAGAUCUAAGGAGGUGGGCCCCGACACACAGGCUUGCUGUGUGACUUUGCCACAGGAGACCACGGAUGGCCUUCCUGUUGUUGGGCAGGACAAACGCUGUCCGGGGUGCUGAAAAGUCCCGGCCGACAAAGUCUCUUGGAGGGUCACAGGGGACCCUGUCCAGGACGCCUGUCGCGGCUGCUCUUGCCCCCUCCCCCACUCCCAAGUGGAGCUGAGUAUUACAAAGGAUUUAACUCAAGAGUGCCCCCCCCGAAAUGUGCCCCAAGUCCCACAGGUAGCUCUGCGCCUUGGCCCCCAUGCUGCCAUCCUGGGCUCGUGGCCCCUUCCUGCCUGGACAAGCCAGUGAGGUCAGCGGGUCUUUUCGCCCCAUGUUUCUCCGUCCUCCUUUCACCCUGUGAUCUCCCUGGGUGCACCUGGGUAAUUCAGCAUGAUCUCCCCAUCUUGAGGUCAACUGAUAAGCUACCUAAUCCCACCUGCACACAUAAUUCCCCUUUGCCAUGUCACACAACACUUGCAGGUUCUGGGGUUAGGAAGUAGGUGCUCUUGGGGGGUCACUACUCCACCUCCUACAGUGCCUGGGCAAUUCUGAGGGCACCCAGGUUUGGGAAGCCCUUUACUCUACAGUGUCCUCCACAGGAGCGUAUCCACGUGGCCAGGUGCCAAGCACGCACCCAGGGGUAUGGCAG